AUGGCAGAACAGCACAAGAGGUUCAUCGAGACAUUUGCAGACAGAGAGAGAACUGCACAACAUGGACAAUGGAAAAUGCGUACCGGGAACCGUUGUCCCGCAGGCAGCCAGGCGACUGCAGGCCCAGCUGCCGAGCCUUCGGAUGCGGAGGCCAAUCUUCUUUUGGCUGAGGCGCUGCUUGCCGCAGGACAGGCACCAGCUGCUGAACGGCCUCUUGCCGUUGCUUCAGCACGACCUGUGGCCUCGCUGCGAAGCCGAAUUUUGCAGGCGCAGGCCAAGGUGGCCUUGUUUGCUGAGGAUUUCAAGAAGGCGAUGAGUUUGGCUUCAGAGGCAGUGCGAAUGGAAGCCGGCGAAGCCGGCGAUGUGAAGGCACUGCUUGCCUUAGCCGAAGUGCGAAUUCAGUUUGCAGACUACGAUGCAGCGCUCAGAGCAUUAAGUUCUGCUGAGCAGGCGCUGAGGGUGGAGACCCGGAAGCCAGUGGCCCGCACGCUGUUGGCCCAGACAUGCGGAUUGGCAGCGAGGGCUAAUGAAAGGCUGCGGCGGUUUCCGGAAGCCUUGGAGGAAUCACGCAGGGCAACAGACCUGGACCCGACGCAGGGUCCAGCCCGGCUUGCCCGGGCAAUGGCUCUUCAACAAACUGGUCGGGCCGACGAGGCGGAGAUGGAACUUCGAGAGCUUUUGCGUCACCAGCCCAAGGACUGCGAGACGCUCACGUUGCAGCGCCCCAAGCCAGCUCGGCUACUUGCAGCUGUCCUCAGGCAGCUCAUCAGCCCUUUGCUGAGCAGAGCCAGCCACGUUCGGUUUGACUCCUGUUCCCCUUCUCAGCAAUGGGGCGCGGUGAUGCCUGCGUCACCCUGCGUCAAUGACACCACAGGCGACGAUGUGGAAGCCUUGCGCUUUGCCUUGCACGUCCUGCGCGGCCUGACCUGGCGGAAUGGUCCAGGCCCAUCCGAGCUAUCCGAGCUCUCCGAGCUCCAGCUUCAAGGAGAUGUAGGAGAUGCCAGCACACUUGCCUGCUGGGGCUUGUGGCGAUGUGAAAGCCACCGCAUCUGGAAGGAACACCUUUCACAGAAGCGGCGGGCCAUGGACAGCAGCCCCAUCACAGGAUUGCCCAGAUUCUCGGAGUGGGUCGUGGUGCUGAUCGAGAUGCGCGAACAUGAGGACCUCGAGGUGGUGCUCCGUUCUGCGAUGAGCCUGCUCGAGUUCGUCGAGCAGAUAGUGAGGACCUGGUCCUUCGUUCACCUGCACUGCCUACCGAUGGCCAACUUCACGCGUGAAGGCUAUGCGAACUUCCGCCGAUCGCAGGACUUGCUGUCCUGGAUCAACGCGGCUGGUGGUAAGUUGGCCCUCUUCGUCGAAUGUGACUCCUUGCUUUUGCGUCCUGGCCUGGAGCGCUUUCUUUGCUAUGACUUGGUGGGGGCACCCUGGAGCUGGGCAGAGGAAGCUGAGUGUCAGUCAAAAUGCCCUGAAGCACAUCGGGGCCUCGAUCAUGCUGUUGCUAUUUGCCGCGGCAUCAGCGAGGCACCCGUGAUGUGGCACCACAAGUUCAUAAGUACAUAUAAGUACUGUAUUUUCACCGACGACAACCACGUGUUUGGAAAUGUGUGGAGUGAAAUGUGCUGUGCUCAUGCAGAACAAACUUCAAGCGGCUUAUCAGCCAGAUGCAAGGACAGAGCCUGUGUGGGCAAUGGUGGCUUUUCCGUCAGGCACUGUGACUUCCUGCACGCCGCGUUGGACCACAUGCAGGCGACAGCUGCCGGCGAGGUAGCACCCCCAUGGCCCUCGCGAAACGAAGACAUGUGCUUUGCUCAUGCAGCGAUCGACUUGGCAGCGCGUGUUCCUUCACGGAAGGUGGCGCAAGAGUUUUCUGUGGAGACGAUUUUCCAUCCCACGCCGAUCGGUUGCCACAAGCCAUGGCAAUACUUGCUGCCAUCGGACAUGCGACGUCUGCUGCAGAUUUGGGAGCUAGCCGACUGA